UUAAGUUAUAGAAAAUAUAACUGUAUUUUUUAUAAAAAAAAUUAAGUCAAUAUAAUUUGCUUUUUAAAUAUCGGUGAUUAAAAUAUGCCAAAAGCGUUUCUCAUACGCAAGAAAACAUCGGGUCGUGACCAUUGGAGACCCGUAACACCACCUCCAAGUCCUGAUGAAGAGGAUAUCAUUUACAACAAUCGGGAUAUCAAAGAUGAUGGCAUUCAUUCAAAUAAGUUUAGAGAAUCGCCUCUUAAGAUCGACCACUCAUCAAACCAUGCUUUUAGCCCAUCAUAUAGUGGUCUUAUAUUGUCUUCACCAUCAAGUUGUUCAACAAGUGAUGGAGACGACUAUAGAGGCAAUUGCUUUCAAUCCAAUUCAAAGAGAGAGGAAAAUCACAGCAGAGCUGAACAUAGCGUCAAAACCGCUUCUCCUGUCAGAAGAGUAUCCGUUAUACACACCGUUCACAAGCCUUCAGCUCUCAUCGAAUCAAAUGAUGAGUCGUUAGAUUCAACUGAAAUACCUGUCCCUCCCGUUCAUAUUAUUGCACAACGAUUAGGUCUGCCUGUGCACGUGAUCGGACAGUUAGAGUUUGUAAACGGCGGUCAUGGCGUUAAAAACCCGUUGGUUGCAAAUAGCGGUAAUCACUCGAAAAGUUCGCCUCUGAUUCCGCAAACCCCUGAUAUAGAAGAUCCGUUAAAAUGUCAAAUCUGUGGAAAACGAUUCACUUUAGCCCGACUUCUCAAUCGACAUCUCAAGUGUCACUCAGACGUCAAACGCUAUUUGUGUACAUUUUGUGGCAAAGGCUUCAAUGAUACGUUUGAUCUUAAGAGACACACCCGAACCCAUACAGGUGUGCGACCCUAUCGGUGCAGUUUUUGUGAUAAAUCAUUUACACAGAGAUGUUCACUUGAAUCACAUACUCUUAAAGUCCACGGAAUAGCUCACGAUUACGGAUAUAAGGAAAGGAGGAAUAAAGUGUACGUCUGUGAGGAAUGCGGCAAUACAACAAACCAACCCGAAACACAUUACAUGCAUCUUAAAUGUCAUCACCCAUACAGUCCAGCGUUGGCUAAGUUUUACGAUAAAAGACACUUCAAAUUCAACGACAAUGAGUUCCCUUACAAGGAGUAAAUUAUAGAGAUUGGCAGUGAUA